AUGGCGACUGACGGCCAAGUUUAUCCACCGGCUGUACACACCAAGUUUUCUCCAGACGGAAACCCCCAGCUUUAUCCUGGGAAUACGACUGUUUGUCACAUCCCAGCCGAAUCGCCUCUCCUUCCCGGGCUUUGGGAGGUAUACAACACCAUCGCCUCUCAUCCAACACUUUCGAAAAGGUUCCGUCUACUCCCGCCUGAUUCGUGGCACAUGACGGUAUUCGACGGGGUCCGCCAGGAAGAGGCCGAACCUGGCAUGUGGCCAGAGGGUUUGGAGAAGUUGCCUCUGGACGAAUGCACGAGGAACUUUUCCAAGAGCGUAAGGAGCCUGGGUCCCUCAUUGAUGGCAGAGGGUCUCGCACCGCCAUACAAGAUGCGUGUUAAUGGUUUCCAACUUGGUCAGUUUGGCACGGCACUCGACAUCAUGGGAACGACAGAGAGAGAGGAGAAGCGUAUGAGAAGACUGCGCGACAGGCUCGCUGACGCCUUCGGGUUCCGCGCCCCUAACCACCUGACGUACCGGUUUCACGUUAGCAUAGCGUAUCUAAUCCGGUGGCUGGAAGGCGAGGAUCAAGCUGAGUUCGAGAAAGCCGUCGCAGGUUGGCUGCCAAAGAUAAAGACACGCUUUGAGCUUGGAACGGUUGAAUUCUGUACCUUUGAUGACAUGUUCUCGUUUCCCAGACUUUUCUAA